AUGAUCCAAUUUACCUCUUCGAAAUAUCCUCAAGAGUUUUGUCGUUUUUUUUUCUCUUACCUCAGGGGACUCGUCUUAACUCUGUUGCCUUUUCACUUAUUUAACUCAUUUGCUUAUAAAACUAUUUUUAAAAUUGUUGUUUUAGGUUUAAAAAUUGAAAAAUUAAAAAAGAAAUCCAGGAACGAGACGGGAUUGCGGAAACCUCGCCGUCAGUCCCUCGAUUGUCCCAAUCAUCGAGGAUUUCUGAUCGACAUUCAAGAAGAGCGGGAAAAGGAAUUUGACCACCCACAUGUCCUGCUUCAGAACAAAGAAGGAUAUCUUUAUAAAAUGGUCGAACAGACUGGGAGAGCCAUGAUGGAGGCGCUGACAACAAUUGCAGAGAAGAAUUACUUGAAAUCAAAGGACGGUGACAGACAAUGACGGUAAUACAUUUAAGAUGUAUUAUGUAUUUUCAAAAUGUUAAAAGUUCACUUAAUGUAAAAAUAAGACUUUAUUAUGAGAAUUAUUGUUUUGUACUUAUAUUCUUAGAAUUCUCAAAAUACUUUGUACUUAUGCUGUAUAUAAAUAAUGUAUUACUUGUAAAAUUCAA